GGGAACCAAAGCAAGAGGAGGACCGUUUGUGCCGACGCAACUACGCGAACUUUAACCCCAAAUAAAAUAGGAUUUGGGUUUUUUCUUUUGAUUCAUUGUUUUAAAACGUCUGGGGAAUUUCUUUAUUUUUAUUUUCGCUUAUUUGGUGGUAAAUAGUGUAACGUUACCUUGGCUAGUCCAUGGUCUGUAUAGAUUUUAAAGAUGCUUUGUCCGCGAUAAGCUAGCAUUAGCUCUAUGUUAGCUUCGGUAGCGUUAGUAAAAUGAUAAAGACAAGAAGAGUGUGAGGCUGAGCCAGCUAAAAGACAUCUGAUUACGCUGUUUUCCUGUCCCUCUGAUAUCGUGGAAUAACGUCAAUGUGCCUGUAUUACCUAUAAACAUCCAGCACCGCAAGUUAUACCUGUUCAACAUUUAAAAAGUUUGCACCAGUCUGCAUCCAUGGGGGAGGAAAAGCCAGACACUCUGGACUUCGUGAGAGAUUUCCAAGAGUACCUCAGUCAACAAACUCAACACGUCAACAUGAUCUCAGGCUCCGUGAGUGGCGUUAAAGAGGAAGAAGAACUACCAGCUGACUGCACCCAGAAUGGAUUAGAGCAUGCCUCUGUGGACAUGUCAUUAGAGGACAGCUCAGGGAUCUUGGUAGACGGUUUUGAGAGGACCUAUGAUGGCAAGCUGAAGUGCCGCUACUGCAACUAUGCCACAAGAGGCACUGCACGUCUGAUCGAGCACAUCCGAAUCCAUACAGGAGAGAAACCUCACCGUUGCCACCUGUGCCCCUUUGCCUCAGCGUAUGAGCGACAUUUAGAAGCCCACAUGAGGUCCCACACAGGAGAGAAGCCCUACAAGUGUGAGCUCUGCUCCUUCCGCUGUAGUGACCGCAGUAACUUGUCUCAUCAUCGACGCAGACGACACAAACUCCUGCCAAUGAAAGGGGCCCGCUCACUUUCUCACAAGAAGAUGCUGAGUGUCCUACAAAAGAAAGCUAGUUCACUUGGCUACGGUCGCCGACUGCUAAUCAACUUCAGCCCUCCCUCAAUGGUGGUACAUAAAGCUGACAACGAUAGUGACUAUUCACAUGAGCUGCCACAUCUGCGGCAGGAGGUGUAUGAUAACCAGAGUCGGCCAGGUGAAGAAGGGCUGUCUGUGAACCAGAAUCACCAUCACCAUGAUAUGGUCAUGGAAAAUCCACUGAACCAGCUGUCAACUCUGGCAGGUCAACUGGCCAACCUCCCGUCAGAGACCCAAGUGCAGACACAGGGGCCUAUGUCUCCAGGAGCAGAGUCUGUUGUGGAUGAGAAGCCCUUCCUCAUCCAGCAGCCUCAUCCUGCUACAGCUCCUGUGGCAGUCACUGCGAGCAUGGCACAUGCCUCCUCCUCUUCACCAAUCACCCCAGAGCCCCGGGCCCCUCCUCACAGCAACUGUAGUCCAGGAGGAGUGCCUUGUAGUGAGCACAGCGGGCACAACAGUACUCCAAGCAUCUCCAACAGCCAACCCAGUACUCCAGCUCCUGGCCUGUCUGCUCCCUUGCAGGACUCCCAUACGCUUCAUCAUUGUCAGCACUGUGACAUCUACUUUCCUGAUAACAUCCUUUACACCAUCCACAUGGGCUGUCAUGGCUACGAGAACCCUUUCCAGUGCAACAUCUGUGGCUACAAAUGCAAGAGCAAGUAUGACUUUGCUUGCCACUUUGCCCGAGGGCAGCACAAGCAGUAGAAACAUUUCAGACUCAGCUGUUUAUUCAAUUUUGUAGUCUUUUUAUUUAUUGGUCCUAUACUCGGCCUCAAUGUAGCUUAGCCUUUCCAUAUUGUGCUUUCACAGGAAAACUUUCUUGUUUUCUUGUGUAUUUAACAAUCACCAUUGAAGUGUUUUUGUAAAGGUGCAACGUGAUCUGUUUGCAAAGAAUUCUGGAUUUAAACUAACAUUCAAAUAUGUCAUGAUUAACUUUCUCACAUUUACACAUUUAAUCCCUAACGUAGAUAUAAUGUAAGUUGCAAACUGGGAUAUAUUUCUUAAUCUUUUAAAUUCUUUGCGAUGCACCUUUAGGAAUGAACAAUGUUCUGAGUUAAGAAAUUACUUUGGGGUGUUUAAGACAUUUUUAUUCAUCAUUGGGAAGCCUUUUUCUGUUUGUUUAUCUUUCUGCAGUAGAUAAAUCUAUUUUUCAUUUGACUGUAUUCCAUAAGUCAUACCUAUAUUAAUCGUGAACAUCAUCGGGGUAGUAGUCACAUAAUACCUUAGAGUGAAUGAAGAUUACCUGUUCAAAUUUGAUUUUUACUUAAGCUUUGGUUGAAGUUGAGAAGACAUUCUCUAGUGUGUCUUCACCUACAUGGCUGAUUUUUGUUACAGUGCCUGAAUAGAUCAUCAUUUGUUAAUAGUUAAUAUAACAUUUGUUAUUUUGAUAACCAGGUUAUUUUGGGAUGGCAAGUGUCUGUCCUUUAUAGUUUUUUGCCAAUAUUUUAUGCUAUGAUGCUGCUUAGUUUGAACUACUGUUGCAACAUAUUUCCCACAUUUCAGAGGACUAUUUUUAUUUCAAAUAUCAUUAUGACAUUAUUUAGUAUCCAGUAGCUAGUACAGAAGCACCAUGUAUUGUGUCUCACCUUCAGAAUUGCCACGUAGCGUCAGGGAUGCCACAUCUUAUCCUUUGUGAUCACUCCCACCAGAAUUUGUGGAGCCCAGGACUUUUCUGAAUAUUUACUCAGUAUUGUAUUGUUUUGAUUGUUGUUAUGUGUCAAAACAUGUUGCAGUGAGAUUUCUAAUUCACAGAGUGUCUUUAAAACUGUUGUGUGCAUUUAACAACAUACUAAAGCACUGAUUCUUAACCAUAGGGGCCCAUGGUAGGGCAGUGCCUGUAAUGUAACUAUAAAGUUAAGUGAACAGUUCAGAGUGGGGCUGAGCAGUACGGCUAAACUUUGUCAUCUGAACACUGCUAUUGUGGUAAAAUUUUCAUUGGUCAGCUCCAGUCAUGAGUGACUGGUGAUAAAAAUUAAUCAGACUAUGAAUGUGUGAUCAGACUAUGAAAAUUGUAAUACAUUUUAUAAUAUUGCCACCCCUUGUCCCCAGGUUAUUUUGUAACUGGAAAAGUUGGGCCCCAGAGUCAAGAGGUUAAGAAUCCCUAGGCUAAAAGGACCAGAUACUCGUCAAUGCCUACCAAUGAUAAGGGACAUCCCAUACAGACUGCCUUAUUUGGUUUGCAAAUUGUGUUGUAGUCGACUAGAUAAAACUGAAUGUUAAUGCCUUUUGGCUAUGCUCCAUCCCUCUGGGAUUAAAAAUCAUUUUAUUGUGGGACUGACAAGCCUAAUUUAUAAGUAAAGUGUUUUUAACCCAUU